GGGGAUCCAAUCAGGGGCGAGCUGGUCCUGGUACUGGUCGGAGGUUUUGUGGGUGAAGUUGCAGACCGCACUGUGGAGGUGUGGGCAGCCAGAGGUGCAGGACAGACCCCCACGAGUUCAAGUGUUUAAAACACAGAAAGGCCGACUUGUUCUCUUUAGUCACUGCCUUAAAACCUAAGCAACAAUGGGAAAGAAAAAAUCCAACGGAAGUACAGAGCUCAAAGAGCCACUGAGGAAGUCUAAGAGGUUGUCAGUGGGUUCCACACAGUCGAGUACACCAGAGCCAGAAAAGGCAAAGGCACCACCCAAGACUAGAAAGGCACCAGCAAAGCCGAAGCCAAAGCCAGAGGAGAAGAAGAAAGAAGAACCUCAGGAAGAGAAAGAAGAUGCCCCAGCAGAGAACGGAGAAGCCAACGAGGAGGCGGCAGCAGCAGUAGCAGCAGAGGAGGCAGAGGAAAAGGAGGACAAGACUGAGGGGGCAGAAGAGGAAGAAGAAGAAGAGGAGGAGGAGGAGAAAGCAGCAGCAGCAGAGUAGUGACAAAAAUACUCAGUUGCAAACGUUCCCCAUUCCUCUUUUCUUGUACAAUGCAGAGAAUAUUUUUAUCUAUUUUCUUAAGACAGCAGUGUUUUUAGGGAUGUGAUUGCAAAAGUGCUUUUUAAAGAAUACUACAAAUUCCAUUCAGUUACAUGGCUUCUGUGAAGGGAAAGUUUGUGGGGUCUCUUUCAUUGUACUUGUGUUUUCUUUGACUUUUUAUUUUGCCUUUAGGUUGUAGUUUUCUGCAUGACCUGCCGUCGUGUCUUAUCAAGUCAAUUUGAUGUUCGACUUAAGAGUUUACCUGAGACAUUCCCGCGUCGUCUUGAGGGAUUUUGUCACCCGUACUGCUUUGGAGUUUAAUACAUCCUAAUGCUAUGUGUUUGAUAGGAACUGAGAUGAUUAAAAGUCUGACAGUUGUGUUCUAAGCUAAGUAACAUCUUCACAAUGUUAACUUGAAUUAUUUUCACUAGUACUGGCAUUGGCCACGUUGAUUUUCUUUUUCUAUGUCUAAUGCAGUCUGUGAUGGUACACUUUUGAGGACAGAUAAAUUGAUCCACAUUCUGUUAAUCAUAUGUGCUGUUUUUGUCCUUUCAUUAUAAUUGUAUUUUCACCUCAGCCUAAAAAAAUGUAUUUGACGCAAAUUUGUGGAUAUGUUCAAUGUGGUUUUUGGGAUUUCUCUACUAAUGUACAGUUUCCUCCUUUUUAAAAAAAAAAAACAAUAAAAUGAUUUUUUUUCUUUA